UAGUCUCUAACUUUUUUUGACACUCUAAUUGAAUAAGAAGGUCUCAUAACUCCUUUUUUUUCUUUCCUUUGGGCUUGUUCGGAAGAGAGAGGCAAAGCAAGAGCAAGACAUAUUCUCGUCCUCCUCUGCAUCACGAUAUUCACGGAGGUAGAGAACCAACUCCAUAACUCUCAAAGCUGCUUAUACCUUUACUACCAGUUGUUGGGAGAAUGAAGAAAGGAAUACACCCACAGAUGCAGUGGAUCUCUUAUGUGACACAGAGCGGUAGAUUGAUGCACGUCAUGAUGACUAGAAUCCACCAUGUUGGCAAAGUCUAUCACUUUGGUGCUAAGCGUCAGUUGGCUCAAAGCAUCGGUCAGAUUGCCAAGUUCAAGCGCAGGUUUAACGAGCAAGAGGAAGAAGCUACCACCCAUGAGAACAACAUCCAGAACCAGAACAAGUAAAACUUUGUAAUCCAGCUCUUGUGUUAUUCUCCCUUUCCUCAAAAACCAAAGGCUUUAGACAAAUCAUUACACAAGCCAACUAUGAACCUUGCUUCUUAUGAUUGAUUCUCACAGUUUUUGAGUCUUCACUGUCUCAUCAAUAAAGAUCUUACAUUAUAUCCUUCUUGGCCAAUUGAACGUGUUUAGUAUAAUGUAUGAAGAUUGAAUCAUUCACUA